GUGAUGAAAGUGUGACAUUUAAAUCGACCAAAUGCACAGAGGUAAUGACAUAAACACCAUUUGGUCACGUUGUAGAAUCAUACAUGUUAACGCAGUUAUUUUAAUAAGUUAUUGACCUCUGUGUGUUGUUGUCAGGGGCUUGUUGACUUGUUGUCCAUGGGAAUUACCCAGGUGUACGUCUGCCUGCAAACUUGACUUCCUAGAUAAAUCAGAGCAGACGUAAACCCCCUCAGAUGCUUUGCUGUGCAAUGAAGACGUGCAACACAAAGACACACAGAAGUUGCAGACACGUUUUCUCCGCACCGAUGAGUAACAGCAGCCAGCGUUUGUCUUUUUUGCUUCCGCUCACCAGUUUUGGUAAUGUGCUGAUUCUUCUCUUCAGUAUUUUCCUGGCUACAGCCAUCAUUUUCCUCAACGUGUCUGUGUCUCUGUCCAUUCUGCUGAACCAGGCGCUGCGCAGCGAGAACCGCUUCAUGUACAUGCUGAGCACCUGCCUCAGUGACAUCUGCACCGGCGUGUCUUAUUAUUAUGUGGGCGUGCUCGAUGUGAAGGAUGCUUUCGACUCCCCUACGAGAACCUUUCACAUCGUACCCACAUUUCUCGGGCUGUCUUACAUGGCCAUUCUGGCCGCGCAGGCGGACAGGUACCACGCAGUGGUGGAACCUUUUAAAUAUUCGCAGCGCAUGACCCGAAACAGGACCAUGAUGGUCAUCGUUUUAUACUGGGUCUACGCUUUCUUCAUGGUGGGUGUGCACAACAUGGUCACAGUAGGGGUAGCCAAAAAGAUCACGAGCAUUGGGACGUUUGUGGGGAACAUAUUCAUGGUGAUUAUAAUGAUAGGGCUGAAUAUUAGACUGUUCAUCAUUGCCAGGUUCCAGCUGGAGAGGGAGCCCCCGUCUGAGGAGAGAGACAGCAAGCGCGCAUCGGUGCAUCUCAUACUGGUGGUGGCUGCGUUUUUCUUAGGGACGUGGCUUCCUAUUUUCUGUUAUGUUAUGAUCUGCAACUUCACUGGUUCACCCUGUUUCACCUUUAAAAAUGAAGGCACUGACCCUACUCGCAUUUUGCCCCGAAUUAAUGCUUCUCUGACCCCCAUCCUGUACAUCAGAGGGUGCGCUGCGCUCAGAGCGACGCUGCUCACCAAGGUGUGGAGAGGGUGCUGCAAAAGGAGGCGGCAUCCUGGACGACUUGCCCCGAAAGACACACAGUUCCUGCGUAAAUAACCUAAGGACUGAAAGGAUGGAUUUCUAAGUGCACGUUGUUUGAAACCAGUGCCAACAAAAGCAAACUAAUC